GCAACCACCAUCCCGCUGCCCCAGGGCCGGUACACAGGCGUCCUCCUACCAGCCAGCCCAUCCCUCCCUAAGGCGGUCGAGGCGUGGCGCGGCAUCCCAUAUGCACAGUCCACUGCAGGAGAGAACCGGUUUCGGCCGCCAGUGGCGCUUGAUCCUUACGAUGCUGCUGCUGGUGGUGACGCCACUGUAGUUGCAGACGCGUUUGGGCAGAUCUGUCCUGGAACGGUGGGGCGAGCGGUGGGCGUGGCGGAAGGGGAGGACUGUCUCAACCUGAACAUCUACCGCCCCGCAGGCUACAGCUGGAACGACAAGGCCGACGGCGAGGGUGGUGAUCGUGGUGAUGGUCGUCGUCAACUGAUGCCCGUGGUCAUCUACGUGCACGGAGGCGCCUUCAACGGCGGCAUGGGCGUGGAGAGAAACAUGGCCAGCUUCGUGGGCUGGGCCGACACACCCAUCCUGGGCGUCAACUUCAACUACCGCGUCGGCCCCCUGGGGUUCCCCAGCUGUGCUGCUGCGGACCGGGAGGGUUGUCUGAACCUGGGCCUGCGGGACCAGCAGAUGCUGUUUGGCUGGGUGAGGGACAAUAUUGGUGCUUUUGGGGGGGAUUCGGGGCGGGUUACUCUGAUGGGAUUGAGCGCUGGGGCGCAUUCGAUCGGCUAUCAUCUUCAGUCCUACACAGCCUCCACUGCUCCCUUUCACGCCGCCAUCCUCGAGUCUGGCGGCCCCACCGCCCGCGCGACCCUCUCGCCUGACCACCCGCGUACAGAGGCCCAGUGGCGCGAGUUCCUCUCCGCCCUCGGCAUCGAGCAGGGACAGACACAGGUAGCAGUGGAGGACCAACAGCAGCAGAAGCUCUUCCCCUUCCUUCGCUCCCUGCCGCUAAAUGUCCUCCUCCGCGCAUCCGGCGCCGUGUUCAGCAGGUACCAGGACCCAGUCCGCUGGCCCUUCCAGCCCGUCGUCGAGACAAACAACAACAACAACACCACCACCACCACCAAAACCGGCGGCGCCAUCAUCACCGACCUUCCCAUCUCCGCCUUCCGCCGAGGCGCCUUCCUCCGUAUCCCCAUCCUGACAGGCUUCAACACCAACGAGGGCGCCGUCUUCUGCAACCCGCGCGUGAGCACAGCCCAGGACUUUUUCGGCAAGUUCACCGCCAUGAUCCCUGGGCUGGAAGGCGCUGACCUCGCCUCCCUGUCUGCCCUGUACCCGGACCCCGUCGCCCACCCGGACAGCCCGUAUGCUCGUGUGCCGCGCGGCUUUGGGCGGCAGUGGAGCAGGUAUGAGGCUGCUUAUGCGCAUUAUGCAUAUAUCUGUCCUGUGCUGCAGACGGGACACUUCUACAGCGGGAAAACAUCGGCGUCGUCGUCGUCGCCGCCGCCGCCCGUCUGGGUGUACCACUUCGCGCCCCUCUCGCGCCCGGAAUUCGGCGGCACGGCUAAUCAUGGCGACGAGGCUCCCGUUGUGGCUCACGAUAUGGCUGCUAUCGGGUCCUGCCCAGGGCUGGUCCGCACUGCUGACGUUAUGCAUGGUGCUUGGGUGCGGUUCAUUGCCACCGGUGAUCCGAACUCUCCUGCUGCUCCUGCAGGCCAACUCCAUCAUCGGAGCGGUAGCCGGGAGAGGAGUGGUGCCAGCAGCACCGGUAAGGUCAUGAUCUUUGGAGCCGACAAUGACGAGAGGAUGGGCGACAGCGGCGAGCGGAGGCCAGGGACGCCUGCCAGGGUGGCGAGCCUGACGGAGCACGAAGUGGAGGCGUGUAGGUACUGGUGGGAGCGGGUGGAGUUGAGUGAGGGGAUAGGACGA